UUUUAAUAUGAUUUCGCACCAUCGAGAACAAAUAAAACCUGUUGUUAUUGUUAUUUAAUAUUAAUCGCGCGUGUAAUUUGUAUUGAGACAUCUUGCACUUGACGAUGGGCGUACGUCGUUAUACGUUUGUUGACGUUAGACUUGAAAUUUGAGAACUCGGAUCGUCAACCUCUUAUUCGUAUAGUGUUUAUGUAUCAUAUCGAAAGUGCCGACUGACCAGUUUUUCAAACAUAAUCGUUUUCGCAGAUAUCACAGAUAGUAAUAAAGCGAUUCGAUUGACGCCGUUCCGGCACGACGAUGGACGACACAAAACUUUUACCAAGUUUUACGGAAGUUCAACAGUCUUGCGGUAAUCAAGGAAUUUACAAUUUUAACAUGAACGAGGAUCAGAUUUUAAAUGAACUUAUCAAUGACAAUAUCCACGACAUGUUGAUAAACAAAAAUGAUAUCGGUGAAUAUGCUUUUACUAUGCCGACAGAGAAUGGGACAAUUGUAGAUUUGAAUCUUCCUCCAACACCAGAAAAAGAUCAAGAAAAUCGUGAGACGUGCACGGCUGGUUCGGUGAAGUCCUCGCCGACUGGUAUUAUACCAUGCCAGGAUGAAUUCGGCGGAAGUUUUAAUUUCGAAGUGUUGUUAGAUUCGAGUUCUCAAUCCUACAGACAAAAAUGGAGUUACUCUGUAAAACUCCAGAAAAUAUUCAUAGACAUAAACAAGGUGUUAUUGCUAAAUUUUAAAUAUGACUCGAAAUUAAAUGAUAACACUAAUGUUUUUGUUCGUGCCAUGCCCAUGUAUAGUGCGGCGGACUACUUAAAAGAACCAGUGGGACGUUGUUUGCAACAUUUGAGUCCGAUUGACCAGAUAAAUAAAGGCUUUGGGACUUGGGAAUUGGGACACGUGAUACGAUGUGAUAACGAAAAUACCUCUUAUCACACAGAUGCCAUAAGUAAACGUAAAAGCGUGAUCACUUUGUUACAAAGACCGGACAUGGGAUCGGACACUUCUAAAUUGUCCUACAGAUUUGUCUGCAAAACUUCAUGUGCUGGUGGAAUGCAACGCCGACCAAUCAUUGUUAUUUUCACAUUGGAAGACGAAAUGGGCCAAGUCCAUGGGCGUCGAGUGCUUCCGGUAAAAAUAUGUUCCUGUCCUAAACGGGACAUGGAACGAGAGGAAAGCGAAAAAAAAAUGAAGCCGAAUACUCAAUUUCGCCGAAACAAAAGAUGUAUCAACCAGCCGACGGAACGACAUCACCACCAUCAUAAUCACGAUCAUGGACAUCAUGAUCAUCCUCCUAACAAAGUGAUAAAAUUGGAGUCUUCGCAGAGUACAGACUGUGAAUCGGACAAUGCUCAAGAUAAAUGUUACACUAUACCGAUAAAUUACACUACAAACAGCAAAAAAAAUUACAAGGCCAUGUUGCAAGGAUUGUACGCAACGUUUGCCGGGUUAUCGUCUUUGCACAACAUCGACGAUACACAAAAUGUGCUCAAAGACUUAAAAUCUAAGUUAAACGACCUAAAAUAACUUGAUACUAAACUAAAAAUGAUUUUCUUUGUUAUUAACUUGUACUGCCUAUUAUAGUAAGGGUAAAUUAUAUUUAAUUCAUUAUUUGUGUUUAUUGUUUCCUGACGAUUAUUUUGUAAGUUAUCAUUUGACUGCAAUCGAUUAUUAUUACGUUAGCGUUGGUCACUAUGUAUUAAAUUCAUUGAUUUUUUUUCCAUUACUCGUAUUGAUUAAAAAACGUCAACGUACUAUUUUUGUGUUCUAACUUUUAAUCUUUUCUAUGUUAAGUUUGGUCAAAAUGUUACUACUUAUGUUUUUGUUUAGUGUUGUUGAAAUU